CAAUGAAAAACAAGUUCGUUUACUUUUGGUAACUACUGAAAGAGAGUUUCACAAACUAAAAGAGAGUGUGGAAAAGGUGAAGGUUGGCCAGCGCAGUUUUACCUGCCAAGGUACACAAACAAAUCGCACAAAACACAUGCUCGUCUCCCAGGCAUUCGUGAUAGGGAAAAUCGGUCUCUGCGAGAUAGCGAGCGCCGAAAUAUCUAAGCACCUACUUAUCAAUCAAUACCCGAUAAGAUUAGUGCAGCGCCGAUAGAUAAACCUGUUCAACAAGUUCGCCUACAAGAACCGAAAAACGCCGUCGCGUAGUAUACUCCGCGAGUUCGACCACAAAGGGUCCAAUGCAGACCGACCGACCUUCCCCGGACGACGGCUUCCACGUCGUGCCCAUUCACAGUGACUCGGAUCCCCGCCCUCCCAGUGACUCGGAGCCACACAUCACCAGAAACUCAGAUUACCAGCGGGAACGGAUCCUCCUAAAUGCCCAGACGAGUCCCUGUUGCAACCGGGAUCUCCGCAACCAGCCGCAGGCAAAUGCAGUCGGAGCUGCUGCCCUGAUCUUCCUGACCGGUGGCAUUCACAUUGCCUGGAGCAUUGGCUUUGACAGUUUGUAUGCAGAACUAGAAGUCACCAACCAUGUCAGGAUCUGCUGGUUUAUAGCAGCCAUUCUGGGGGCCCUGCUGGGAGGACUCUGCAGUCGAUGGUUUCCCUACAAAGUACUGAUGGAAUUCUGUUCCCUGCUCACUAUCACUGGUGGCAUAGUGAUGGCUGUGAACGGAUUGGAUCUCGAUGCGCUGCUGGCGGGCAGGUACCUGAAUGGCCUGGCCAAUGGUCUGGCCAUAGCGCCCACUUUGGCCAUGGCCGGCGAACUGUCGGUCUUCUACAAGAGGGGCACCACCACAUCGGCGGCGGAACAGUGGCCCGUCACGAUCGGCAUCUUCGUGCAGAUCGUGUGCAGCAACAGUUGGGACAUGCAGAGUGACUUCACGGAGGAGCAGUUCCAGGGAGUGAUAGGCGCGGUGCUAGGAGUCAUAGCCCUGCUCCUGGCUUUCCUGCUCUCCAUCGAGUCGCCGGUGGAUCUGCUGGAGCAGGGCGAUGAACAGGGAGCCAUCGAUGCGCUGAGCAGGCUGCAAAGACCCCGAGCUGUGACGGCUGAGACCUACGACCAGGUGAGGGAUCAUCGCACCUAUGUGCAGCACCACAGAUCCUUGGGCUGGCGCCACGCCCUGCCCGCCCUCGUUCGCCUGACGGUGCUGAGGUGUCUGUAUGCCCUCAGCCUGAGCAUGCUGGUGGCCUUCACCCUAACCUGGACAAGCACAGUGGUUUAUGGCGAGAGUUCGGGACCCUAUGUGCUCUUCGGCUUCCUGCGACUCAUGGGCAGCUGCUCGAGUGCCUUCGCCCUGGAUUCUCUGGGCAGGAAAAUCCCCCUGCUCCUGGGACUCGUGAUCUCGGGCGGUCUGUGCUUCGGACUGGCCAGCAGAUUCACAAGCAGCUCCCUGCUCACCUACUCGGACAGCCGCAUGGCCCUGUGGCUGCUGCUGAUCUACCAACUCUUCGCUGGCCUGGCCUUUGCUCCCAGCUCAUCGUAUCUCUCGGAGGCCUUUCCCCGCCGCCUCAAGAGGACCUGCAUCGCCGUGUCCUACAUCAUGGAGAUGAUGGUCCAGCUGCUCAUCUGCCAAGUGGAUCUCAGUGCGAUUGGCAGUGACAGCAGCUUUGUGGCCGUCUACUUCUUUAGCCUCGGAGGUCUUUUUCUGGCCGGAUUCCUCUUCUGCGUGUGGUACAUGCCCGAAACGAAGGACACCACGCUGCUGCAGGCCCAGUUCAAGUUCCAGGAGUUCGUUAUCCCACCAGCCUGAAAGUAGGCAGCUCGAAAACAAGACUAGCCAACCCGUAGAUAUAGCUAGGAAAUAAAUCUGAAAUCUGUAAAAUAAACCAAGCGUGUUACUUAUCGCCGCUGAAGU